CAGCAGUUGCCCUCCCUUGAAGUUUCGCUUCCCAUUGUAAACACAACGGCAUAUGGUGCAAGCGACCGAGGUCUGGCCCAAGUUCCCGCGUUGUUAGAAUAGAAGGGCAAUGUCGGAGAGCAACCACAAGGAAAUCCAAAUCCGUGCCCUAACCGGCGAAUCAAUCACUCUUCUCGUCACUCCCACCACAACCCUCCACCACCUGAAGCUUCUCCUCCGCCAUUCAUUCCCCCCCGCCACCACCUCCCCCAAUUUCCACCUCUUUUUCAAGGGUGAAAAAUUGCGAUUGCAGACUCCAAUUGCCUCUUACCCCAUCCAAAGCGACGAGUUUAUCGUCCUCAUUCCCUUCACCAAGAAGGAAAAGGAACCUUCUAGAACAUCCGACUCUCUUCAGCCUAAUGUUCCUCACACUACCAAUGCUUCAAGUUCGACCUCUGAUCUCGCGGAUUCUACGUGGGCCUCCAUAAAGGAGGAUUUAUCACUUUUACGUGAGAGUAAUGCGUCUAAUUCCGAGUCAGGAAAAGAAAAACCGUUGGAGGCCUCGACCGAAGGGGGUUUAGGUCGUGAGAAGCAGAUGGAGCUUCCCUAUCAUCUUAUACUGAACACAUUGCGAGAUGGUAGCGAGGCUGGUCCUCUUAGCGAGCACAAUUGCGAGGUUUUCGUGAAGGUUUUGGAAUCCGUGAAUUGUUUAUCGGAACUGCCUCUCGGACACUGCAAGUUGCUGAAACGAGCUCGUUCGAAAGGAGGUGGUGGAGGUGGCGGCGGCGCCCUGAGAAAACGUGUCAGUGACGGUGUUGUAUGUUUGUGUCCACCGUGGUUGAAGAUAGCGGUGAAGGCGUUUGCAUUUGUGAACAUUUUUUCCGCGUUUAUUUAUUUGCAACUUCGAGAUUUGACCUCGAGUCUUCUGGAGGAGGCGCUUAGUGAGCUUGCUAAGUUUGGGGUUAAACUUGGCCUCGGUGACAUCAAGAAUCUUUCGCUUCUCUGUCCUCAUAUGGUAUGUUUCAGGGAUGAUGUAGAGAAGACAAGUUUUGGUGAUAACAUUGUUGUCCUUAAUCAUUCAACAGGCAAUAAAGAUCUAGUUGAAGAAAAUCCUAAAAGAGUUCGCAAGUGGUUGUAUAUUUCAAAGACUGUCAGUACAUUGAAGAGAAGGGACAGUUCUUUCCGUAAAUUUCUAGGAUGGGCUUUUGAACAGUUGCCGUAUGAAUUUGGAGAUGAGAUGACUGUGGGGAUUUCCUUGGAAGAGUUGCGUGUUGCAGUCAAGGACAAUGCUUUUGUCAAAAAAGAAGACAAAUCCAAACGUGUAAAGAGAAGCAAAACUACCUCAAAAUCUGACUUAAACCAUAUUGGGUGUCAUGACACAAAGUCAUUAAUGGCUGUGGAGAUGAUUGAUCAUCUUAAGAAAGGAAUUGGAUAAGAAGGGCAGAUUGUGCAUAUUGAAGACAUAUGUGCCAGGAAAGCAAUUUACAGCGAGAUCCCUAUUGAUCUAUCAGAGAAAAUGAGAUCUGCACUGAAGUGUAUUGGAGUUUCCAAAUUUUACAGUCACCAGGCAGAGUCUAUACAAGCUUCUCUUCAUGGUGAAAAUGUUGUUGUGGCUACAAUGACAUCAAGUGGCAAAUCCCUUUGCUAUAAUCUACCAGUUCUAGAAGUUUUGUCUACAAAUUCAUCUUCAUGUGCUUUGUACAUAUUUCCCACGAAGGCAUUAGCUCAAGAUCAACUAAGAGCUUUGUUACACAUGACAAAAGGAUUUGAUAAUGACUUUAAUAUUGGUAUAUAUGAUGGUGAUACUUCUCAGAGUGAGAGGGUGUGGCUCCGUGAUAAUUCUAGAUUGUUGAUCACAAAUCCAGAUAUGUUACACAUAUCAAUCUUACCCCAUCAUCAACAGUUUAGUCGAAUUUUAUCAAACCUAAGGUUUGUGGUAAUUGAUGAAACUCAUACUUACAAGGGAGCGUUUGGAAGUCACACCGCCCUUAUUUUGAGGAGGCUAAAACGACUCUGUUCACAUGUAUAUGGAUCUGUUCCUUCUUUCGUUUUUUCUACUGCAACUUCUGCAAAUCCCCGGGAGCAUUCUAUGGAACUUGCAAAUUUAUCUACGCUGGAGCUAUUUCAGAAUGAUGGAAGUCCAUCUACAAGGAAACUUUUUGUCCUUUGGAACCCUGCUCUGAGUCCAAAAUCUUUCAUUAAAAAAGCUCAGUUUGCUAUGGGAACUGAUGAGUUGGCUGAUGAAAGUGCUAAUUUUGUUCGUUCAAGCCCAAUUGUGGAUGCUUCACGUCUUUUUGCAGAAAUGGUUCAGCAUGGUCUUCGCUGUAUUGCAUUUUGUAAAUCAAGGAAACUUUGUGAGCUUGUUUUAUCCUACACCCGUGAGAUUCUUCAUGAGACAGCCCCGCAUCUGGUUGAUUCCAUAUGUGCAUAUCGGGGUGGCUACAUUGCAGAGGAAAGAAGAAAAAUAGAGAGUUCAUUUUUUGGUGGUAAAAUAUGUGGUGUUGCUGCAACUAAUGCUCUUGAGUUGGGCAUUGAUGUUGGAGAAAUUGAUGCCACUCUGCAUCUAGGAUUUCCUGGUAGUAUCGCAAGCUUAUGGCAACAAGCUGGUAGAGGUGGGAGGAGAGAUAAACCAUCGCUUGCUGUCUAUGUUGCAUUUGGGGGACCUCUUGAUCAAUACUUCAUGAGACAUCCCAAUAAACUUUUUGGAAGACCAAUUGAAUGUUGUCAUGUUGAUUCUCAAAACAAAAAGAUUCUUGAGCAACAUUUGGUCUGUGCUGCUCAUGAACACCCUCUAUGUGUGAACUACGAUGAACAAUAUUUUGGUCCUUGCUUGGAGAGUGUUAUAAUUUCUCUAAAAGCUGCAGGAUACUUGAGUUCUAUUCUAUCAUCUGAUUCUUCUAGAAUAUGGAACUACAUUGGUCCCGAGAAAUUACCCUCACAUGCAGUCAAUAUCCGAGCAAUAGAAACUGUAAGAUACAGUGUCAUAGAUCAGAAAAAAAAUAAAGUCCUUGAAGAGAUAGAGGAAAGCAAGGCAUUCUUUCAGGUAUAUGAAGGUGCUGUGUACAUGUGCCAGGGGAAAACCUAUUUGGUUGAAAAAUUAGAUCUGUCUAAUAAAACUGCUUUCUGCAAAGAGGCUGAUCUAAAGUAUUAUACAAAGACUCGAGAUUACACUGAUAUUCAUGUCAUUGGGGGUAAUGUUGCUUAUCCGCUCAAAGUAGAAACGAACAACUUUCCAAAAUCAAAUGCCCGGGCUGAUAUAUGCAAAGUAACAACUACUUGGUUUGGCUUUUAUCGUAUUUGGAGAGGAAGCAAUCAAAUCUUUGAUGCUGUUGACCUCGCACUUCCUCAUUACUCAUACGAGUCACAGGCAGUUUGGGUUCCUGUGCCACUGUCUAUAAAAGAAGCAGUAGUCAAGCAAACUUAUGAUUUCCGUGGAGGUCUGCAUGCUGCUUCACAUGCAAUUUUACACGUAGUGCCUUUACACAUCACUUGCAACUUGUCUGACUUGGCUCCUGAAUGUCCAAACCCUCAUGAUGCCCGAUUUUACCCCGAAAGAAUUCUAAUAUAUGAUCAACAUCCCGGAGGAUGUGGAAUUUCAGUGCGGGUUCAACCCUAUUUUACAAAGUUCCUGGAAGCCGCACUAGAGCUUCUCACAUGUUGCUGCUGCUCAGCGGAAGCGGGUUGCCCUAAUUGUGUUCAGAGCUUUGUUUGCCAUGAAUAUAACGAGGUUUUGCACAAGGAUGCAGCCAUCAUGAUCAUAAAGGGUAUUCUGGAUGCGGGAAACUAGUAAUUCAAAACAUGUGCUUGGCUAAUUUGAAGGCAUGUUAAGGAAAAAGCACCAAUGCAGUUUUCGUCUAUAUAAAGUUUUACUCUUCAAUUUUAGUGAAUUAGGAUUACAAAGCACUAUAAAUUAAAGGCGCACAUGCCUUUAUUUGCUUUAAGCUAAUUUUUCUUUAGAACUUGUUCUUAUUGUCUGGUUAGUCAGGAAAGUUGAAUGAUAAAAUAAAUUGCAUUGAAUGUGAAAUGUUAAGAAACAAAUAAA